CACCCAGUUAUUUUCUUGAUCCCACUCUCUUGUUUGUGAUAUAAAUGUGAGGCGUGUAGCUGCCAGGACCUUGCUGCUUUGCAGAGUGCCGGAGGAGAUAUGGAGCGGCGGAAAAUCGAGUGGAUCGGCUCUCCCUGCGGCUCCCACGGACCCUACACUUUUUACCGGGCUUUCAGCCUGCCCGAGCCUGGCUUCUCCGGCAAGGGGAAGGCGCUGACGGCCAGGCUCGGCCAGUUCUUCUUUGUCAGAUGCCAGCCCCAUGAGCCCGAAUGCAUCGCGGAGCUGCAGCUCCUCUGGGAGGAUCGCAGUCGCCAGCAGCUCCUGGCCAGCACCAGGCUUUACUUCAGCCCCGAGGAUACCCCACAGGGACGGAGCCUGCACCACGGCCAGGAUGAGGUCAUUGCAGUCUCCAAAAGGAUAAUUAUCCGGCUACAAGAUUUGGCGAAAUGGGUGUGCACUGAGAGUUCACAAUGGGCCACAAACACAGAGGAAGCCAAAUCCAGCACUAUCAAUUUGGACAGCAGUGGCCACAAGGAGUAUCCUGAGCUGAACGUCAGACCGCCUUCACACUGCUGCCUCACCUCAAACAAUGUGGAAAAUGAAUCUGAAAGUUCAGGAUUUAAAGAUGACCGACCACGAGUUAAAAUAUUAAGCUACCCCCAGUACUGUCGCUACCGGGCCAUAAGGAAAAGAAUUCAGAAAGCAUCUGCUGACUGUGUCAGUGAAGCACAACUAUUGGCUCUUGGAGGGAUCCUUUUGGUUAAUGAGAACACCAAGAUUCUUUACUGUCGUGAAACCUUUGAACACCCAACACUGGGGGAUAACAAAUCCAUAUGUGAUGAGUUUGCACCUCGUGUCUUGACACGUACUUCAGCUGGUCGAGUGGUGCGGACAAGGCUGCAAGUUACCACACAACCACGAUCACUGACGUUGCUGCAUCUUCAACUGACAGGAGCAACUCAUCUCAAAGGGCGAUCUCGAAAAAAGAAGAAAUCAACAAGCAGAAAGGGUGACGAGAGCCCAUUGCGGGAGAACCGGCGGCCCAGCCAGUCGGAUGUCAAGGAAGAAAAGAACAAAGUUGAAUCAGAAAGUAUGGCAGCUGGAAGUGCACAAACGAAUCAACCAGCCAAUCCAAAUGACCUUCUUUCUGCAGAGCAACACUUCCUGAAGGCUUUGCACAACUUCAUGUGUGAUCGCAACACUCCCAUCGCCAGAAUACCUCACCUGGGCUUCAAGAAAAUUGAUCUGUUCAUAAUGUUUACUGUCACACAACGGCUUGGAGGAUACGAGGCAGUAACUGCCCGCCGGUUGUGGAAACAUAUCUAUGAUGAGCUGGGUGGUAACCCAGGGAGCACUAGCGCUGCCACUUGUACCAGGAGACACUACGAGAGGCUAAUCCUUCCAUAUGAACGCUACCUCAAAGGGGAGGAGCACAAACCACUGCCACCAGCCAAGCCACGCAAGCACACUACAAGCACAUCUGAGGACUCUGAGAAAGAUGUGAAAACUAAAAACGGGGAGCUGAACUUGAAAGUGAAAAAUCUUCAGGAAUCGACUCAAAUAUUAGAGCAAGAGGGUCAUCUAGCAAGUGCUGAAAGAUGCCAAGAAAAAAGCCAAAGGACUACCACUGCUCAACACGCAGGUACUCAGGGCAACCCCCAAGACAAACGGAUGCAAACUCUAAAAUGUAAAAACCAAGAUGAUGGUGCAUUGAUUACAGGGGAAUAUCCCAGAAGCAAGACUUUCCCUGUUACAGGACUAGGAAAAGUGUUUUUGAAUUGGAAAAGACAUUAUCUUCGUGCUUUCAGGAGCAGAUGUAAAUAAGAAAUUAGCAAAAGAAAAUAAUAACAAGAAUGGAUCCUGCGAAAACCAGUACCUUGUGCCAUUUGAACUUCCUCUGUCACCCCCAACUCAUAGAGCUCUUAGUAAGUGUAGAAAUGUCCCACUGUAAGCAAAUGAGCAAUCUGAGAAUGGCUUCAAAGCUAUUUUCUUGAACAUUGUCCUGUUCCCAAAUUAAGUGGAACUUUAUCCCUUUGAGUGCUAUCUUAGUUUUCAUGAUCCCCAAUGCUACCUCUUGCAGGUAGAAAGUGCAAGUCUCUACAUAACAGUGGCACUUGUCCAGUCAAUUUUAGGUAGGUGUUAACUCAAGCAUUAUAGGUGGCUGCUUGAGCACCUUUAUUGGGAGAGUCCAGUUGGAUUAGCUUUGACUCUUAUUUUAUCAUAGUGUGUUGCAGUUAAAUACAUACUCCCUGCAGCUUUUCUCAGUGGUAUGCAAGAUUGUUGUAAUAAAGGAAGGUAUCUGUUCGACUACUGAGUGCUGGACAAUAAAUCUGUAUUUUAUUUUCCAUUGAAUAGGUAGCUUGGACCAUUGCACCAUGUGCAGGAAACAUAGUAAGGGAUAGAGCCAUUGAAUGUGUAGCGUAAGAGAGACAGACUUGCUACAGUUUGUACAAAUAAUGUCUGUAGCAGAGAAAGAGUUGUCUGCAUUACCGUCUAUGUGAUAAUCAUACCUUUCCAACCCAUUGUUCACUUGUGACACUUUGUAAAGAAAAUCUAGACAGUUUGCUUUUUGCAUGUAAAUAUGCUAUAAACUGCCAGAUGCUUUAAGCACAGGAAUUCUUUCUGUAUAUAGAUAGCUACUUGUGACCAGGUAUAUGUGCAUGUGUUAUUAAUGCUAUGUUUCUGAAUUUAAAAGACAAUAAUGCACACAGUUUGUAAAACAUGUAAAGUCCCAGCCUGUGAACAGAAGCCCAGUUAUUCAAAAUGUUGCUGCUGCAUUUGACAGCUUGAAGUGUGUUGGAUUUUGAGUUUGGUUUGCCUCCCUCUUAGUGCUCCAUCAAAAAUGUGGAUGAAAGUUCUGUUAUGUGAAGAGUAAUUAACACAAUGUAAUUGAAUCCAGUCCAACCCAACCUCACCCUAUCCAAAUCACCCAUGGUUCUUUGUAAGAAUAGCUGCUUUGAAGAAAUGUAAUAAUUUGUGCCCCAUUUUGCUUAAUAUAAAGUUUUACUCUCUUGUCCUACCUCAUCCCUCCAGAAUCUAAAUGUGUAAUUUUAAUCAGUCAGGAAUGUAGCUGCCUAACGACAGCAGUUUUCAGUAAAGUGCAUUGAAUAUGUCAUGUUUGUCCAGGACCAGUACAGUAUAUAACCUUGAUAAAAUCUAUUUGUAUCUCUCGAUUGAAAAUCCUGAUCCACUACAUGUUACAUGAGCAAGACUGGCCGAUGGACGUUAUAAUGCUCGUAUCCUGUCCCUGUGAGCUCAAGCCCAACACCUGGCACUUCCUCACAUUUGAUACCGCCCCAGUUAUCCUUAGUAGUUAAUAGCUCUCUGCUUUGGGUGCUCGGUUUGGUGACUUCUAGUACUAAAGCCAUAUACUACUUCAGACUGUACAUCAAGUGAGCCCUGUUAGGUUUCUAUGAAGUUAGAUGGAUUGAAAUAAACAGCACAAGUGCACAGUUUACUUGAUUUCUUGCUCCUUAUCCAGGCUGUUUCUCAGUCACUUUGCAGCACUUGCCCUUUUGUCUGGAGCUAUGACAGGUUAGUUGGGGAGUUGGGGUCUAAGGUUUGUCGUUUGAACUUGUGGGUCUCUCAAUGGAAUCUCCGAGGCUACCACUUUUGACCCAAAGCAUCUGUUUCUCAUACAAAUCUAAGAUCUUAUUUUUGUCACAGUGCGGUUGAUUUUUAUGGGGUUAUUUGUGGACUCUUGUCUGUAUGGCUAUGGCACACCACAGUGGGAGCCCAGCAACCUCCAGUAACUUACUUUGCAUAUCAAGACCAUCUUCAGGGGAGGGGAUCCAUUGAAAUGUUACUGGUAUUAGACCCAUCAGUGUUUCCCAAAUAAUAAACACACUUUUAGAAUACACAAAUGUACAAUUGGAAUGGAUCUUUCCCAGCAUCUAUCAAAUGUGACAGUGAAUCUGCACUUCCAAAAACUGCAAUUAACAAUAUUUACUUUGUGGAAGCAUGUAUUAGAUUUUUGAAGUAACCCUUUGGUCACACUGGAUUGGGGAAUACUGUGGUAUGUAAUUGCUCUGUACUGUGGAUUAAAAAGUGCUGUUUUUGUUUUAAAAAAAAUUGCUGUUGAAUGCACUGUUUCAGAAAUCUUGACAUUUCCCUUUUAAGCAAUUUUCAAACAAAGAAGUGUACUGUAUAUAAUGGGACCAUAUAUGGAAUAAAGUAUUCUUUGGAGCAUUGUCUUACUCCCUUCUCAAACUUCAAAGUAUUUUUGUAUAAUAUUCUGAUAGUUUGAAUGAAUCAUUGUUUGCUUAUAUUUUCACACUACAUUAUACGAAGAUAACUACUUUUUGAUUUUUAAAAAUUACAAUUAGAUUACUAACUGAUUUUUUUUGUAUGAUUUCUCUUUCAGUAUAUUGCAAUCGUAAUAAAGAAUUCAC